CAUAUAAUUAUCUGUUCAUCAAAGUCAUUUACUAUAUCGGGUUAUCUGUUUAUACUUUACUCUCUAUGGAAAUACAAGAUGUGGUUGGUAUUCCCGAUGAGUGUAAAAUGUGGAGUAAAAAAUGAGCGAAUAAGUUGAAACUGACUUCUCUCACCAUAAAAAUGUUAUCUGAAAUUAAAGAACCUGGACCAGGCUUCGAUUAUUUCCUAAAUACUCCGUGCAAUGACUGGGACGUGGUUCAGUACCACGAGUUUUGGAAAAAAAGCAACUUCGGUUUAGAUAAAGCGAGCGUAACGAGAAGAUUUAACACACAGUUGCAGAAGAUAAAAGAACAAGGCACGGAAGAAGAGAAGAAUAAUGCAAUACGUCUCGAAAAACAAUUUCAGGUUAGCAUUCUCCCUACCCAUGGAACUUCAUCUUCGCAUGGUUAUGGACUUCGUCUCCGCUGUUGGAUACAGCUACCUAUGGAACUUCGCCUUCGCAUAGUUAUGGACUUCGUCUCCGCUGUCGAUUCCAAAAAGAUGGGACGCAUCGAUAAUUUUUGGUUGAAGUCCUUACCUAGAAUGAAACAACAUAAUGCGGUGGAGAAUAACGAGAUAAACGCUGAAAAUGUAUUUUUAUCUUGUGAUUUAUCUCGUGGUAGUUUACAAAUCGGAGCCGGGAAUAUUAUUCAAGGACAUAAACGCUUCUAUGAGUAUGAUAAACAACCCAUUGACGAAAUGAUAGCAAUCAGAAGGGGAAAAAAACAAAAGCCUGCCGAAACUACUAUCGAAGAUGGCAAAAGUCAGACUCCAGAACAACAAAGGAAUGUAGAAGAUGAAACACAUAGUUCUCCUGAGGAAAGGGGAGAUGAUGGUUCUCUCUUUUCGCCAAAUUGCCACAACGAUUCUGAUGUAGGCCAUGGGAACGACAAUAAUCCCUUUAUAGCACAAACAGGGGAAGGUUCAACGAAAUAUAAGGUCAUUUUAUCGUGGAGUCAUGCGAUUGAUAAUGUUGUCAUAAAUAAUGUCUCCAAGAAUGAUUGGAUAACACCGGAUGGGUACAACAUCUCUACUGAUUUUCGUAAAUUACAAGUGGAAUCAAUCGAAAAGUUGAAAACCAAUCCAAUUUUAUCAUAUGCGAAAGAAAUCGAUAAGAUAUUGUGCCUGUCGUCGAUUAUGUAUUGCAAUGAACUUAAACCAGAAUAUGUCAAGUGUUCUGAAAAGAUAUGGAAAGAGGCUCGUCCGAGAUUAUUGGUCCCGAAAGAGUUGCCAACAGUCGCUGACCUAGUAAUAAUUGAAUACAACAGGCUUUUGAGCGACAAAGAACAACUUGAGACAAAGUGGCGUAAUAAUUGGGUAAAAGGGAAUACAUUAUUAACAAGCGAAGACAAAGACAUUUUUGAUUCAUUACCUAUUUAUCCUCGGUGA